AUGGCUGUGACUCAGUUUGAAGAAGAUUUGGGAUUAUUAAAAGAUAUGUACCCGGAGCUGGAUAUGAAGUUGGAGAGAGGGAAUAACAGUACUGAAUUUCCGCACCUAAUGAGUGGUGAGUUGCCGUUCAAGAUAUCCCUAUUAAACGAUAUAAGUAUUAAGUUCGGCGAGCAAGAUUUGCUACUAUCAAAUUUGUCUAAUGAAUGUCUAGAGUUUACAAUAUAUUACCGUCGAUAUCCAGACAUUCGACAGUGUGUUAUUAUGGACGUCAAAUCAUUGUGGAUGUCAGUGGACGAAAAGAAGAUGCUGAUCGAUAAAGUGUUAGAACUUGUAGAAGAGACUGUAGACACGAAAGCGGAGUUUGAGGAUUCGUUUACAUCAAUUCUAAUUCUGAUCUUCGGAUUCUUUAUAGAUGACACAGCUAGAAUACUGUUUCCUGGUAAUGUAAAAAAAUGUGUGACCCAGGAACAGUAUGAAAUAUUCAAGGAGAUAAGUGAAAAAGCUACCCUUGAAAAAAUAAGUAGGUCUAACUACCACUGCUGCAUUUGUAUGGAGAUGGAAAAGGGUAUCAGAAUGAUAAAAUUACCAUGCCAGAAUAAAGAUGCAGAUCACUUUCUUUGCAGGAAAUGUGCUAAAUCUUAUUUUACUGCAAUGAUUGAAGAAGGCCGAAUAUUAAGCGUGAGAUGUCCAGAAUGUGAAUAUACGGAACUAAAAUUGGAUAAUUUUAAAAACUAUGCAAAGAUGAUAAAAAUUCUAUUUACGCCUUUGAUUCCAGCUUCCUUUUUAAGAAAGCUCAUUGACACAGAACUAUGUGAAAGAUAUGAGAGACUUUUUCAUAACCAGGCAGCUACAAAACUUUCAAAGCAUUGUCCGUACGCUUGCGUUACAUGCCGAAGGUGUGACCAAUGGUGCAUAAAGGAGGACCUUGACGAUACUAUGGUUCAGUGUCAAAAAUGCCAUUUUGUAUUUUGUUUUGAUUGUUUGCAUGCCUGGCAUGGUUAUAACAAUAAAUGCGGUAAGAAAGUUACAAUCUCAAGAUGCAUUAUCGAAGAGUAUAUAAACGAUACUGAUACUUCGAUCGAAAGAAAACGUGAACUGGAAGUUAAAUAUGGAAGGAGAGUGUUAGAAUUGGAAGCCAAUGACUAUAUUGCUGACGAGAUGUUGAAUUUGGCCAUUGAAGAGGAAGGCUCGAACUUACAAAGGUGCCCUAAAUGUAGAGUGGUUGUGGAGAGGAGUGAAGGCUGCAAUAAAAUGAAAUGCGGAGUGUGUGGAACAUUAUUCUGUUUUAUUUGCGGAGACUUGCUUUAUCCCGAUGACCCCUACGAACAUUUCAGAGAAAGAUUUUCAGGUUGUUACGGACGAUUAUUUGAGGGUAUGCCCGGUGCAGAAACUUGA